UUGCAUCACAGUGGAUGAACCCUGCCAGAGCACGUGCCAGCCAGCGGUCACUUCACGUGAUAACCACGUGUUCGUCACCAGUCCGCAAAGCUUCUCACAACAUCAGCCUCCAAGAGACAUUUCUAUACUCUCUGUUGUCCCCAUUGUAACGCAUCCGUCAAUGUCCGCUCUAUCGUAUCAGGUACAGAAUUCGCACGGAAACAAAGAGUGCAGCGCUACAAAUGUCACUCCGACAUCUAAUUCUCAUUUUCUUCCAGAAAAUCAUCUGUCGAAUGCGAUUUCGGUCAAUCAGCUCUCUAGAGAGACUAACCAGAACACUGGAAUCCAGUGGAAUUCGGUUUUUGUGAAUCCCCGCGUGGCGGAGCUGGGUAGCAGCCCGUCAAGCGACUAUGGAAGUUACAUGUCUGAUGCAGGCACUCGACUUAGCUUCUCAGGCUCAGAUUCCAUGAGUGGGGGAUUUCCCGCACAAAAUAUCUCCGACUCGGACCGUGGAGUGUUUGACGGCCCGUUUCGCGUCCCGCUUCCCGUGAACCGGGACUCGCAGCAAAAUUUUGGCGAUUCAGUAAAAUGCGAUGAAGGGUUGGCUCAGCGCAGACAAGGAGCGUGGCCGCUGACCGACUGUAGUACGGGAACUUCACAAUCUAGCAACAGUGAUGUAGCGGUUGAUAUGACUGACUUAGCUCAUCUGGACUCGCUCGAGUUUGAUGACAUGUUCGACUGUGAUCUAAGUCAUGUCAUUCCAGAAUGCUUCACUGAUUGCUUGACCUCACCGCCUAAACCAAGUGACAGAGACGUGACAACAACGAGUGCUAACCUUGAAUCGAACUAUACAACUACGUGCACAACUCCGCCAUCCUCUAUUCCGCUCAACCCUUUCACUUCCGCCAGCCAAGCGCAGCUUUCUCAGGCAACAACUUCCGGUAGGUCGUCAACUACGUCUUACGUGUUUGUAAAGCCUGUCAGCCCAGUGAGAAGCGCAGUGGUGACGUCCUGUUUUGUCAACGUCACUAAGAACACGCUUGCGUCACCAUGCGAGACAUCCGUCAGCGAGUCUAGUACCCAGACUUCAGACGGUGGCGGGCGAGACGUGACAGAUUUGUCCGUUACUCGGACAAUUGCACAGUCAACCUCAAACCAAGUUUGCCUUGAUCCUUCGACGGCGCAAAAUUUCCACCAGCAAGCGCCAGCACCCUUGCCAAGCGACUUAAACAACAAUUCUUCUCGCGCACUCACUGCAGGAAAAACCGCUGACGCUUGUUCGCUACAUCCAGGAAACCACGUGGUUCCAGUGUCGGCGCGCAUCACCGACUACUCGCCUGAAUGGUCUUAUCCCGAGGGUGGAGCGAAAGUACUCAUUACUGGCGAGUGGAAGAUGGAGCAAGGCUCGUACACGUGUUUGUUCGAUGGCUGUAGCGUGCCCGCGAUCUUGUAUCAAUCAGGUGUUUUGCGAUGUUUUUGUCCUCCACACGACCCAGGCCUGGUUACACUGCAAGUCGCCUGCAAUGGGUUUAUUGUCAGCAACGCAUGCGUGUUCGAGUAUCGUGCACGUGAUUCGCCCGUGGCGGGCGCUAGCUGUCAUGAGUGGCUUGCCACUGAUAAUGACCGGUUUAAACUGGCUAUUCUUGAUCGCCUGGAGAGAUUAGAAUCCAGGCUUAACUCGGACCAAACGAACCAUUCCGUGAACAACACGCACGGCAAACAAUGUAUGACUUUUGAAGACCGGCUCAUCGCGGCUUGUGAAAUCUUCCAACGAGCUACGAGCUCGGUCAGAAACGCCUCAAAGGGCGAUAAACCAUUUCGAGGAAUGACGCUGCUUCACCUGUCCUCGGCACUGGGUUUCAAGCGAUUGGUCUGUGCGCUGUUGAAGUUAUGGCGGAACAGUGACAGCUCACUUGUCAGAGAGGAAAUGAACCCGCUCAGGAAGGACGAAUUUUCCUGUACGCCGCUGACCUGGGCAUGCGCACUGGGUCAGACAGACACUGCUCUGGUGCUGCUGGAGACUGAACCCAAGGCCUUGUUGGAGCCUGAUGCUCGCGGGCGCAUGCCCCUGCAGUUGGCAAGAGAUAGGGGCUUUCUAGACGUGGUCGAUGUUAUUGAAGACUUCGUCAUGUCUUCUCCAUACAGUCGUUUGAUCAUCGGAGUGGACCAUGAUUCGGAUGGUACACCAUCUCCAAUGGCCUCAUCGUGCGAGGACUCUCCUCAACCAUCUUCCGCGGCCCCUAACACUUGCCCUUUGUUACCGGCCCCUGUGGAUGCAAACAUGGCUGACCGAGCUAGUUCGCCGAUGUUCGUGGACGACGAUGAGGAAGAAGAACCUCAACUGAGCAGAAAACCAGCUAAUACUUUGGCAAAAACCCUGGUGCAGAUACAUUCUAUGAUCAAUGCAGCCGAACAGGAAGCAGAACUAAAUCACCGAUUAUCCGGGCAUUUAUCCCCUCUACACGAGAAUUCUGAACUCGUUACAUCCGGGGUUUGGGGCGCCGCAAUGAGGCUGCGUACCUUUAGCUCGGCCUCGUCUCAGUCCUCCCCUCUCACGCCUUGCUCGUCCAAGUCUUCCCUCUCUCCAGGUUCUCCCGGCUUCCUAAACUCGCCCCAUUCCUCUCCCGCUGGACCAGACACCACCGAAUUUCAGGAGUUUAUCUCGAGCUCUCGUAAGCUGUUAGAAAGAGAUUUCUCUGAUCUUAUGUUGACAGAUCGAGAGCAGUGGGAGCUUUAUGAAGCAGCUAAGAUUAUCCAGAAUGCUUACAGAAAUUACAAGACAAGACGCCAUCAACAGCAACAGGAGAUAGAGGCCGCCAUCUUGAUCCAACAUCAGUAUCGCAGAUACAAAGAGUACAUUUCAUUCAAGAAAAUGACUCGUGCAGCCUUGAUCAUCCAGAGUCAGUAUCGCACGUACCGAGAACACGAGAGAUUCAAGAAAAGCAGGAGAGCGGCAGCCAUCAUUCAGAAUAGCUUCAGAAGUUACAGAGAGAGGCGGCGCUCAUCACAGAGACGACGAGAAGAGAGACUCAGCAAGAGACAAGAAGCACGCUACAUGCAAAAAGCCUCCAAUAGAUCCAAAGACAACACGUGAAGCCAAAUGCAACAACAUAUCGUACGUAUAAGCUUGGUUUUCCUCACGCCUGCCGCAUCUCUGCUAAGGUCAUCCUUUAAAGCAGAUCCGCUGAAUAUUAUUUCAUUUUGGGCCACUUGUCAAAUUUGCACCAUGGUGGAAGCCAGUUGACAACAUCUGGUGUUGUAACGAUGAAUUUGAAUGCUACAGUGGAACCUCAAUUUAACCAACCUCUAUUUAACGAAGUUCUCAAUAUAACGAACGAUAUUCUAUGU